UUAGUCGCUUAACCCGUUGGCACAUUCACACUUGAGCCCUCGUCCGAACCAGAAAUGCAAUCCCACUCGCUCCUGAUCGCAGCCGUUGCCACGUUGCUGGUGGCCCAGGUCAGUACCCAAUGGUUGCCCUUGCUGAUGGAGGUGACACCUUACCCCCUCCUUACUUUGCAGACGGCGGCCAAGUUCCAGCUGAAGGACCACGGAGACGCCGAGAAGGCCUUCGAGGAGUGCCGCGAGGACUUCUACGUGCCGGAGGACAUCUACGAGAAGUACCUGAACUACGAGUUCCCCGCCCACCGACGCACCAGCUGCUUCGUCAAGUGCUUCUUGGAGAAGCUCGACCUCUUCUCGGAGAAGAAAGGCUUCGACGAGAAGGCCAUGAUUACCCAGUUUACGUCUAAGAGCAGCAAGGACCUGUCGACGGUGCAACAUGGUCUGGAGAAGUGCAUCGAUCACAACGAGGCCGAGUCCGACGUCUGUACAUGGGCCAACCGAGUAUUCUCGUGCUGGCUGCCCAUAAACCGACACGUGGUACGCAAGGUUCUGGCUGAUCUGUCUGGCGAUGCCCAGACGCUGGAGAAGUGCCUGCGGGAGCUGAGCUCGCCGGAUAACAUCGCCGGUGACCUUCAGAAGCUGGAGCGGUAUCCGUCGUGGACGCGGGAGGAGGUGCCCUGCCUGAUGCGCUGCUUGGCCAGGGAGAAGGGCUGGUUCGACAGCGAGGCCAACAAGUGGAAGCUUAAGCGGCUGACCGAUGACCUGGGCGCAGAUAUCUACAACUACUGCAGGUUCGAGUUGCGACGGGUGGCCUCCGACGGCUGCAGUUUCGCCUACCGGGGACUCAGGUGCCUCAAGCAGGCCGAGAUGCACGCGGGCACCAGCUUGAGCACCCUCCUGCGGUGUUCCCGCCAGCUGAACGCCACCAACGUGGAGCUGCUGCAGUACAGUAAGCUGAAGGCCAAGGAACCCAUCACGUGCCUCUUCCAGUGCUUCGCCGAUGCCAUGAGCUUCUAUGAUUCCGCUGGCAACUGGCGACUGGACAACUGGCUGCAGGCAUUCGGCCCCUCCGCAAAGGAGGAUCAGUCCCUCAGGGCGGACUACAGUGGCUGCCGCCUAAGCGAGAAAGUGCGACAGGAGGCGGUGAACAAGUGCUCCUGGAUGUACGACGAGUACAAGUGCUGGGAACGAGUAAAUGGAAACGAGCUGGCGGAGGAGCCUAAGGCGCAGUCUUGAUGGUAUUAGUGUCCUGGAAUUUUAGCCCAAAAUUAUUUAAAAACGCAAAACCUUUUAUUUUCGGACAUGUAUAUGAUCAAAUUAAUUUGGAAUGUAUUACAUUUAUUUAAACAA